AUGCUUGUCACUAACAGAGCCCUCAACCAUGGCCUUAGUCUUACUCCAGAUGGCACAACACUCUAUGCUAGUGGAGAGACCACGGGCUACUCGUGGAGCUAUGAUCCGGCGACACGGAAACUUGGAGCCUCAAAAGUUGUUGUUAAAAACAUGGGUAGCGGCGUUCACUCAACUAGGACCAUGGUUGUGGUGCCCGGCCACCCAAAUCUCGUUAUUGUCACGGUUGGGAGCAAUAACAAUUGGGACUACCAAGCAGGUGAUGCGGCAACUGGGCGAGCAUGUGCGAAGGUCUUUGAUAUGAGCAAGGUCCCGGAUGGAGGCUACGACUACAAGUCUGGAGGCUGGCAGCUGGGCCAUGGCUUACGCAACGAGGUCGCCAUAACACUCGAUCCCAACAAUAUGGCUUGGGGUGUUGAGAAUAGCGGAGAUGAUUUCCGGCGAACGGUCAAUGGAGCAUCCACCGAUAUUCACAUCGACAACCCUGCAGAGGAGCUCAAUUACCUGGGUGAUCCUACAAAGCCAAACAACAACUGGUACGGGUAUCCUACCUGCUUCACAGUCUGGAGCCCGUCCUUGAUUCGGGACAAGACUUUCCAAACUGGAGAUCAGUUCGUCGUUACGCCCAACUCUUCUUUCAGCGAUGCGAACUGCGCUACCAAGGCAAUUCCACCACGUCUGUCAUUCCCGGCUCACGUCGCGCCAAUCACGGCAGCCUUCGACGCGGACGCUAAGAACAUGUACAUCACCUUUCAUGGGUCUUGGGACCGCCAGCCUGCCAUCGGUUACAAGGUGGUCGAGGUUCCCUUUACACAAACAGCUGAAGGCCAAUAUGAUCCGGUGGCCAAGAGUGACAGCCAGACAGGGUUCACAGAUGUUAUUGCAGCAAGCAAUCCUGGGGGCCUCCAAUGGGAUCCUGCUGGCACGAGGUUGUUUGUGUCUAGCGACAACAGUGCUGAGGGAGAGAUUUUUGUUCUGUCAAAGAAGACUUAG